GGGUCCUCUGCUCUCCUCUUGUUGGUUAUUAUUCUCUGCAGUGUUAUCAGUGUCAUCGUAUCGAAGCAGCGUCUCGUCGUCUCGUCGUCUCAUCGUCUCAGCCGAAUCAGCCAGUAUUAGUCCGUACACGAUCAUCGAGGAUCAAAGGAAUCAAGAUGAAGUUCAGCACCAUCGCCGUCUAUCUCUCCGCCUUUGUGGGAGGCUCCUUAGCUGCCGCUCUCAAUGAGCGUCAGGCCCCGCCUGCACCGGGCCCCGCGCCCCCGACUCCCAAGGUCAUCCCCGUUGUCGUCGGUAGCCCGACCCGUGAGAAGUCUCUGCUGUUCUACCCCGAGGUCGUGAAGGCAAACCCCGGCGACAUUGUCCAGUUCCAGUUCUGGCCCAACAACCACACAGUUACCCAGGCCGCGAACCCCCAGGCCCCGUGCAAUCCUCUGCAAGAUAUGAUGCCGAAUGCCGUUCACUCUGGUUUCAUCCCGGGCGUCACAGACGGCUCUCCGGUCGGCACCUUCAACGUACAGGUUGAGAACACUGAGCCAAUGCUCAUGUACUGCGCUCAAGGCAUGCACUGUCAGCUUGGCAUGGUUAUGAUCAUCAACCCUAAGGCUGAUGCCGACGUGCAAGCGUACAAGAUGGCCGCCAUGGGCUCACAAAUGAACGUUCCUGCCAAGAAUGUGGCCGGUGGCUCUGCGGGCAGGAUUCCCUCAAAUUUGGCUGUUCCACCUGUUGUUUAGAGGGAAGGGCGCAUUCGUAGCGGCUGGAUUUAUAAUGCACUCAAAUCAAAUCAACUACAAACGUAGUUUUUGUUGUUUACACGCUCGCUGGUAGACACCUACUAGUUUCGGCGGACGGAUGCACUUGAACAAGGGGGUGGCACUGCUGAUGCGGGUUGUCGGCUAGAGCUUUAUGGUUUUGCGUGCGGAGUCUGGUUGGCUAGAUAUUCAAGGAUCGAGCGUCGAAUCAAGAUACUACGUUGUUGAGAUGCAUUCGAACAAACUCUGACGAGGAAGUGAUGUGCAGGAGGGACUUGUGAAAACUAUCAUCGGUUCCCAUUUGACACCUUGAAUUCCUACCAGUGAGCUGUAACC